AACCAAUUCAUCUUUUUGAACUGUCUUUCUAAAAAGAUUUUGUAAGCUAACAGCGUUUGCUUCUGACAAGCGGCACUUGAUGUAGUAGCUGACGUUGUGGGUCUCGGUGGAGAGUUCUUUCAUGUAUUCGUUGACGUGUCCGUGUGCCACAUAUACUGGACACAUCCAUUGUAUGUCCUUCUGCCGCGGGUCGUCACGGUAAUGAAGAGCCGUAUUAUACGUGUAAUCUAUGCGGUGGAUGAGGGCUGGCGCACUUGACCCGAAAAAUGAUUUCAGCAAGACAAGAAAUAGAGUUUUGUGCCGGUCAGUGCCAGUUUCAGGACCGAUACUUUGACACCCCAGAAUUUGACCUCACUUUAAGCGACGUGUGGCUGCGUCAACGCAAAGGAUGCUGGGAGCUCAAGUGUCCAACCACAACAGUCAAAGGGGCAGAAGAGACACGAGGAGAAUCAUCCAAAGCAGCCAAACUAUGUACUUGCUACAAAGAGAUAACCAAUGUGGCCGAUAUUCAUCUGAAGCUGAAGGAGUUUCUGAAAGACACUGGCCAAAGCGUUAAGUUCUUGAUGACUGAGGGCUGUCAGACGUUAACUGACCGCCAUGGUCUUGGCAAUGCGGAGAUGAACUGGGCGCCAGGCGAGUCCUGGGUCAGUGCUAUGAAUCUAGUAUGCUUUGCGGAGUUUACCACAUUGAGGCGGACGUUCACUUUAGAAGAGGACGGUGUGCGAGUAGAUCUAGACCAAGCAGACUUCGGCUACAUUGUGGGAGAGAUAGAGGUACUCAUACCAGAGGGAGGAGAUAUGCAGGCGGCCUUGGACAAGAUUGAAAGAACCGGAAAGAAGCUUGGUGUGAAUGCAGAUCAGGUAGUUGAUGGGAAAAUGUCUGUUUACCUUCAAAGGAACUACCCAGCGCACUAUGCAAGGCUACGGAGUCGAUACAUCUUGUAGAAGACAACUUGAAGAGAUGACAGGAGGAGUCACUCACUGGCAGGGCAUUUGGUUUGAUUAUUGAAUGUGUAAUUUAUGUUCCUGAGAAGUAAGCCAAUAAAUGGUGUUCUCGCUUU